ACUCGUUGAGUAUAGAAACUCCAUUUUUAGUAUUCUGCAGGUUCGCGUGAUUUCUGCAAAGGAAUAUUACGACUUGGUAUUGGUUUUUCUUGGCAGACUACUGCUCUCAUGGCGGUGGAUUUUAGAUUCUCCAGUUAUUUGUAAGCCAUGAUAAUUAGUUUUCAAGGGGUCGUGGGAUCGAUUCCCAAGCUUACUUUAGUCUGCUAAAGAGGGAGUACAGUACACACAAAGUAAAGAGACUUAACAAUUCAUUUGUGCUGCACAAGGGGAGUAAUGUCGGAAGAAGUAAAGAGUCAUACUUUAGUGUUGAGAAUAAAAAUGGACUGCUUGGGAUGCUACAAUAAAGUAAGGAAAGCUCUGAUGAAAAUAUACGAUAUCCAUAGCCAUGUGAUCGAGAAGAAGGAGAACAAAGUGACUGUAAGUGGACCAUUUGAACCAGAGGAGUUAGUAAAGCAAAUUGCCAAAAAGACAAGGAAGAAAGUAGAAGUCUUGGAGAGUACAAUAAAUGAGUGAUUGCUACAUAUGCAAAGAUUUUCAAAAUCAUUAUUCUAUGUACUCAGACCUCAAGGAAAGAAAAGUAUAAUGCUCUCACGUUGAAAACAUUCCAUAUUAUUCGUUUUUUCACUUUUAGCUUCAAAUCACAAUCAUAUAGUAAACAUCAUAUGAAUAUAUGCAAUGAAUAUAUUUUUUUGUGAACUUCUAAAACAUUAAUGUAGCUCUAAAAAAAUAGAGUUUUUU